GAGCAAUCAAACUUUCGUUUUGUCCUUUCCAGCAAUGAUGAUUUUGGAAGAGCUCAAGCUACCGGACGUGGAAAAUACGGAAAAUUAUCGAAGAAUCCCUUUCCAAUUCACGGAAGAAUUGUCUUCAAAAAACGUGUAUCUCAAAUUACCAGAUACAUUUUCUCCAGUGGAGCGAAUGAUUCUUCAAGCAACGGGAAACCUGCAACGAAUCCUGUCUGCUUAUUACAAUGUGCCUAGCCAUGUCAAAAUUGUUAAAAACCAGAGAGUCCCCUGCAAAGAUACAACCCAUAUGCAAUUCGAUAGAAGGGUUCAGGUUUUCUUUCAAGAGAAACUGGCGUAUGAAGCGGAUUCAAUUCUGAAGGUUAAAGAUAAAAAUGUACUAGAAUUGAUUGAAAAACACAAAUACGGCUUGGGUCAAAUUUUUGGUCACACACACAGAUCUCCCGAUUUUGUAUUACAUGCCAUUGGAAGACAUGGUGAAGCACCAGGUGCAAGCUUUUGGCGCGAUUACACGCUCACUAUACCCGACGUACUAGAUUGUUUUGUUAGGGAGACUUUUGUUGAAGGACUACUACAUCCUUGCAAUGGCAGCAUUAAUGCAGAAACUAAAGAGAAUGCUCCAGGUGUCAUCUAUUUUAACAAUACAUCCGAACUAUUUCAGUAGGCAAGCAAGAUCACAACGAUGUUGCCUUAUAAUUUAAAAAAGACUUAAUUUAUCCGACAUUUAUAAAAGACAGGAACUUCAGUAAAUAAACUUAGACA